CUUCUAACCAACGCGGUCACGUCUCCGACCCUUGGUCUUCACGGACGACCACUAGGUCAGAGCCGUGGGUUUGCUCUCAACUAUUUGCUGUCCCCUGCGACGAGUUUUGAUUCUUUCACGCAUCAGUUUGAUCUGAGGCUGAAGUUUCACCUCCAACGUGAAACUUAACAUUGAAUCACAGCGAGAAACUUCCGCUUCGGACCAAAUAGGGACACGUGCGGAUUGGGAUAGUAGAGACAAUGGCACCAUGAGCUUCUGCAUGACUGAAGGGGCUG